ACACACUUCCUCUGUUCAGACACAGCUAGACUGCACACCCCGAGUGUCCCCUUCUGUGGCAGGUGGACUUGUCAAGGACCUGUUCCUGCACCAGGCUCCCUGUUCUCCACCCUCAAGCCUCCGGACGCCGUGUUCAAGGUGGUGUUCUGGCUGGGCUAUUUCAACAGCUGCCUCAACCCCAUCAUCUACCCGUGCUCCAGCAAGGAGUUCAAGCGCGCCUUCAUGCGCAUCCUUGGGUGCCAGUGUCGCGGCGGACGCCGCCGCCGCCGCCGUCGCCGCCUGGGCGGCUGCGCUUACACCUACCGGCCGUGGACGCGUGGCGGCUCGCUGGAGAGGUCGCAGUCGCGGAAGGACUCUCUCGACGACAGCGGCAGCUGCAUGAGCGGUAGCCAGCGGACCCUGCCCUCGGCGUCACCCAGCCCAGGCUACCUGGGUCGAGGAGCGCAGCCGCCGGUGGAGCUGUGCGCCUUCCCCGAGUGGAAACCCGGGGCGCUGCUCAGCCUGCCGGAGCCUGCCGGCCGCCGGGGCCGCCUUGACUCCGGGCCGCUCUUCACCUUCAAGCUCCUAGGCGAGCCGGAGAGCCCGGGCACCGACGGCGACGCCAGCAACGGGGGCUGCGACCCCACGAGCGACCUGGCCAACGGGCAGACGGGCUUCAAAAGCAACAUGCCCCUGGCGCCCGGGCACUUUUAGGGUCCCUUUCCAUCUCCCCCAACAAACACAUACACACAUCUGGGAGGGCGGAGGACACCAUCGUGGGGAAAGGGAGGGCGCGUGGGGGGGGUGGGGGAGUGUCAGCCCUGGGUAGACACAGGG